UUUCCUUAAUCCCAAAAGAUUAAAAUUAAAAUUGAUAGUAUAUAUCUUAUCGAGAUUCCGUUUCGACGAAUUAAAUUCUCGUCUGUUUCGUUUUGGGUCCGUGUAUAAGAGAACAAAAGUUCGCGUACGUUCAUCCUUCAACCUCAGAUAAGAAAACUCCUUUGCUUAUGCAUGGAUAGAGGAAAAAAAACAUUGAAUGUCACAGAUUCUCAAUAAUAUCUCAGAGACCAUCCCUUCGAUGAUGUCACAACCUUCACAUAGCUGUCUUCCUAUUUAAAACCUCUCCAUGCAACUCUAGCAUCCCAUUAAAUAAAAUAAAAACAAAACCCACCAAAAAAUCAUUUUGUUUAGGUUUUGUAUUUUAUUUAUUUUAUUUCUUCCUCCUCCAACUCAUCCUCAUACAUGGCUUCCACUUCUUCAUCUGAUCAGUCUCUUUCCAUCAAUUCCCAUCUAACCUCACCUUUAUUUACGUCAUACAUGCUUUCACGCACGUCAUCUUCUUCAUCCGCCGUCGGAGACUACAUCGGGACAGAGAGCUGCUUCGACGUCCUUUCCGCCGAUGAAGAAAACGACGUUGUCUCCCCACAGAAGCCUUUGAACCGGUUUCGUUAUGGAGGAAGGAGGAGGGAGGAAAGAGAAGCUAGAGCUGCGGCGGCGCGUGAGAUUCCUCCGCCGAUACCGCUGCUUGCUCAGACGGAGAAUCUUCUCCCGCACAUGCCGUGGGUUCUGAAGCGUGUGGUGACGAGCGACGGGAGGCUUAUCCUUAGAGAAGAGAAGGUUCGUCAUCACGAGUAUUUCCGUGCGCAUAGAUCCAAUGGUCGUCUCACUCUCCACCUUGUUCCUCUUGACGACGACGUUUUCGAACUUCCCCAAGAGCCAUCUCAUUACCCACCUGAUGAUGUUGAUGAGCAUGAUCACGAGUGUGAUGGUGAUGAUGCUGAUUAUCAUCACGAGGUGAGAGAUGAUUUGGAUGAUCUGGCGGAUAAUGUUGAUAAGAAUGUUAUUAUUACUAUCCGUGAUGGUGAGGAUGGUGUUGUCCGUAAUUAUGAUGAUGUUAAGGACAAUGUGCAUGGUGGUAGUGAAGAAGAAUAUAGGAAAGCUACAUUAUCGGCGGUGGUGGACGAGACGGCGGUGGAGAGCGGAGGGAUGGUUGGAGGAGGAGGAGGAUCGCCAAGAGGAAAGUGUUUGAAGUCAUGUUUUGUUGGUAUAAGAGCUCAAGAGAUCCGACCAGUCCUUAGUUGAUUAAUUAUUGUUAAUUAGUUUUUUUUUUGCGGAAAACAAAUAUUACUGUCGCAGAGAGUUUAAAGAAACA